CGUUUUUAACGAGGGACACCCAUGUAAAAAAUAUCACGUCGAUCCAUUAUUCCGUUGCGAUGUGACUGAAGGACAUACCAACAAAAAAAAACACUUUCGCAUUUAUAAUACAGGUAGUGAUACACUGUUACAACAUUAUACGGAACCCCUUACCUAUAGUUCUGUUGAGUCUUUCUUUUUUAACAAAAAUAAAAGGUCAGUGUGUAUAAAAGUGGUGCGAACAACCGGUCUUUUUUCUUGGUUCUUAUUAGUAUCGGCAAGAUGUUACUCAAUUGCAUACGACUUUUUGUGUGUGUGUUUUGUGUGAUUUAUUACGCACAGUCUUGUGUCGGUCAAUAUGUUAAUUUUGGAAAUAUUGACGCGACUACAAGCCUGCCCUUGCCAUUCCCAGCUUGCCAAGCCGACAACCUCGAAUGUCUUCGACGGGGCCUACGGACUUUUUUCUUCCUCAUGAACUCGGGAUACAUGGGGAUGCAGCCCGUAGAUCCUAUGAUACUUAACAGCCUAACGGUCGCUCUUCCAGAAGAGCAACUGUCAUUUUUAAUGAGGCGCAUCAAUGUCACCGGCGCUAAAUGGACCAAACUAGCAGAAAGAAAAUUCAACUUACCAGGCGGAAAGAAUGGCGUCCGCUUCAUAAACAACCUGCACGUCACUGGAGAAAUUACUAUGAUGACGGCAGCAAGAAUUGAUCCUUUCUUCGCGCAUAUUACAAUGGAUAUACAGGAUGUGGAAAGUAAUAUAACUUACACGUGGGCAGGCCAGCGAGGCUUCGACAACAAAGAUUACAUCUUUGUUGGACCUGAGAGGGUAGCUGUAAGGAACUCGCGAACGCCAUUUUUCUUUGUACAGCCAACUGCACAAGAGGAUGCCCCAAUGAUUGAACAAGUUCUGCAGGCAAGACCUACAGUACUCGAACACUUGUCCAACGAAAUAACUAUAGCUUUAAUGCAUUCUGUUGUAGAUAACUUUAGACUGUUUGCUAGUAAGGUUCCAGCCAAGAACUAUUAUUUAUAUGCAGACAAUAGUAAUAUUAGUAAUUAAACAGUA